AUAAAAAAUUUCAUGGACCAUGCGUGUCGUAAAAUAUAAGUGAAGGUGAAGAUGACAAAGCGGCGGGGUCUUAUUCUUCAGAGAAUCCAACUAGAACCUACCAGAUUCAACAGACUUAACAACUAUCUCCCUCCACCUCCACUUUCAAAGUUAGGUUUGAGCAAAGAUCGUUCCGCUAAUUCAUGCGUUAGCCUCUCCUUGGUUUCGACUUUGCAACACAGCUGAACCAGUUGAGGAACACCCGCUUUCGUUGUUUUUUUUGCCCCCGAGUGUUUUUCGUCAGGUUCCAUUGAUGGUUUUUGUAGUUCAGAGGCUGUUCUCAAAUGGGUAAAGAUUGUUUUUCGUAAGUUGGGGAAAAUCGGUUCUUUUGUGGUCCUUGGCUUUUUUUUUUUUUCAAAGAAAUGGGGUUGUUUGUUUGAUGGGUUUUGGCAGUGCUUGGGUUGCCUUUGAUUGGGUAUAGCUUGCAAUUUUGGUAAAUUAGGCUUUUCAUUUUCUUUUUUUGGGUUAUUGCUGCUUUUUGAUAAGUGGAGAUUUUUUAUUUUUUAAGGAAAUGGGGUUUAUUCAAUGAUGGGUUUGGUAGUUGGGAGGUUGCUUUCAAUUGGGUAGAGGUUAUAUUUAUGGUAUCUGUUCACAAAUGGGUGUGUUGUGUAGUUGUUAUUUGUGACAUGGGUUUCGUUUGAUUAUCUGAAGAAUUUAUAGAUUUGAGGAAGGUUGCCCUGCAUAGAUUUGUGUAAUGAACUUGUUGGUUUAGUUAUUUUCUUUGUUUUUAUAGAUUAUUCUUUCUUUGUUGGAGUUCAACAGUGUUUGUUAGUUCCGGAGAAAGGGAGGAUAUUAUUGCACUGAUUACUGUGUUUUUUUGUUACUGGCCUUAAAAGGUGGAGGACUUAUUUUUCCAAGUUCAAAAAAUACUUAUCAAGUUUGGAUGUAUGGAAAUUUUUCCCUUCAGGUUUUUGUUAGUGAGAGUUGACCUAAAGGGAAACUACUGUGUUGCGGAAUUUGGUUAGUGUUGUUUUCUGUGAAAGGGAAUCUAGAAAUGGAUUUGUGGUUUGUUGCAGCCACAGCAGCUGGUGGAUAUUUGGCCAAGUAUUGGCAGAAUGUUUUGAAGAAUAGGGAUAGUUUGUCAGAGUUUUCUUUACAAGGUUCCAACCUUGAAAAACCUGAGUCUCCUACCUGCCCCUCUCACAGAUUGGCACGGAGGAAAAAUCUAGAUAAAGAUGUUUCUAUGGAUGAGGGAAAGGUUGUGGAGCAGAGUUAUUCUGAUAGGCGUGAAUCAGAUGGUGUUUCAGAUGCAGAAGUGGCUUCUGCUAGUAAGAUUGAUAGUGAAAAGCAUGAAAGCUUAGUAUAUUAUGAAAACUGCAAUUUACUUUCUAUGUCCACUUUACCACCCAGAUUGUUGCAUGGUAAAAGCCCAGACGGAAAUGAGGGUGGAAAUGGAUCGAACAAUGGUAUCAUUGAUAAUUUUAGUAGCCCUUCUACAUCGGAUGUGGGCUCCUUUCAUGGUUCCACAAGGCACAAAGGCUCCCUUAGAACUAAACACUCACAUAUGUAUUUUGUCAAACCUCUAAGUUCCCUUGAAAGUUGCCUUAUGGCUCAGCUAUACCCUAAAGAUAUGAAAAUGGAAGAGUAUGUUCUGAGUCCCCUUCCAUCACCAUCCAUGCCAACUGUUAGGCCAUUACAUGUAACUGAUGGAAGCCAAAUAAUUAGCAGAGCAACCAUUGAAUUUGGAAGUGCAAGGUUGAGGACUGACAGUAAUGAGCUGCAUAAGGAUGUCUAUUCAGGAAAGAAUGAAAAUGUACUAGGGGUUUCUCCACUACCACAAAUAAGGUCUUUGGAUGCCCCUAAGAAGAUGAAAGCUAAGUCAGGAAAGGGCCAUGUUGGAAGAUUGAGAAAUUCUAGUUCACUAGACGGAGCAGAACUCUUUUGUCUUGGAAUUUCUAUUGGUGUAAUAUCCUCUUUGUUAAUAAAUAGAAGAGAAGUAAGCAAAUUGAAGGAGUUGUUGAGGAAGACAGAGAAUUUGGUCCUAGAUCUGCAGGAGGAACUUGAGAUGAAAGAUUCAUUGACUGUGAAGGAACUAGCUAAUGAGAAUUAUGAAUCACCACAUACAUGUGACAUUUCCUUUCAUGAGAGCAUGCCGAAUACUUUUUUCCCAGAGCAACAUUUGGACAUAAAGCAUGAUGAUAAAGAAUUGUGUAAUAAGAAUGCCGAUGAGGGGUCAGAAUCUAGGAGUAAAAUUGCAGCAGAGCUUGAAGCUGAACUUGAGAGGAUGGGACUAAACAUGAAUUCAUCUAGCUUGGAGAGAAGAUUGUGCAAUUGUAUUGAGCUUGACUCAGACUUUGAAGCAGAUUUUGCACAAGGUGAACUGAGAGCUGACAUGAUCAAUAAGCAAUUCACUGAUGAACCUGAGUCUGAUAAAGAUGCAAGUGGAACCUUCACAACUCAGUCUGCCAAUUAUGCAGUCUCACCCCGAAAGCUGAGCUUGCGUCUGCAUGAAGUAAUUCAAUCAAGAUUAGAAGACCAAGUGAAGAAGCUUGAAGCAGCCCUUGAGAACAGCCACAGGAAGCUUGAACACUUGGAAUACAAGGAAAAAAAUUCUUGGAGGAAGUUCUCUGACAGUGAACUUAGAUAUUCUUCUGAUGAAGAAAGUCCUAUUUUUAAUGAAGAACACAAUUCCAUGGCUGAACCUCUAGUUAUGAAUUUAUCAGGGGAAGCUCUUGAUGCAUACAAUGAGGCUUAUGAAGAACUAAUGAAGAUAAAUGAGUCAGAAGAGGAGGAUUCACCGUCAGGGUUUUACAAAAAGAACUGUCAGAAUGGGUUAAAUGGUUCCUUGACACAUCUUGCACAUGAUACCCAGAAAAUAUCCAAAGAUUUCAGUUGUAAUCAGGUAAAAGAAUUGGAAGAGCAAGCUUUGAGUGUCGAAGAAUCACUUAAUGUUGGUCUAAGUGGUGAUGAUCACAGUGAUUUCGAUGAUGAGAUGGAGAAGCUCCUGAUAAAACAGAUAGUCGAGAAAACCAGGAAAGGUUCUCCGGCAGUGCUCAACGCCCAAAAAUGGUUGUUCUUUAUGGAUAAACAUGAGCAUUGAAUUGAAACAAAAGAAAUUUUGCUGUGUAUAGACAGUCAAUAAUGGAUUUUAUAUUCAUAACCACAUUAAGAUUAACCAUUCAAUUGUUGAUUCUGAGUUGUUUUACCAGACCUGAAUAAAGACCAGUGUUAUACUGUUAUUACCAA